UAUACGUCAACUUUUACUUUUAUUUCGAUAUUUAGAAUUAAUUUUCUAAAGAUAUUUGAUCAUAAUCAUGGAGAAUAAUGAUCAAAAGCAAGUUUUUAAUAAUGAAAUAUUAAAUGAUAUACAUGUAAAUGAAAAUAUGGAUAACAAUUUAAUGAAAAAGAUUUUAUCUGUUAAAAGUGAAGAAAGCAUUCUUCAUCAAGUAUCAAAAGAAAUAGAUGACUUCAUGAAAUCAAAUAUAUAUACAAGAAGGAAUGCAGAAUUAUAUAUUAAUAAAAAUAAUAUUAUAAAUUAUUCAAAACAAAAAGAAUUAAAAAAACAAGUUUUAACUGCAGAAAUUACACCAUUUACAGCAAUUGAAAAACAAUCUAACUUAACAAUAACUAAAGGAACAUUUAAUAAAUCUUCUUGUUUACUUAAUCUUGAGAAAUAUCUUCAACAACAAGCUGAACUUGCUAAACAAAAAAAGCAAUUGAAAGAAAAUUCAAAAAUAUUUAAACAUAACAUUAAUCAUGUAGUGUCAACUAAAAAACCAAAAUUAUCAAAUACUAACUUUAAAAAAUGCAGAACUUUAAAGAAAAUAAAGUUCAAUAUCAAUAAAAGGAAGUUAAUUUCUGAAUUUAAAAUAACAAAAAAUUUAAAUGAAAACAAUGAUGUUAAUUAUGAAAUAAAAUCUCACAUUGAGAAUUCUACGAAAGAAACUAAGCAUUCUAAACGUAUAUUAGUUCCUUGCAAAAUAUCCACAGAUAAUACUAAAAAAAAAUCAGUUGAAAAUACAACAAACAAUAAAUAUAUAGAUGUGACAAGUGAUUCAGGAAGUGAAUAUGUACCAAGUGAUGAACAAAUUGAAUCAGAUGAAGGAUCAUCAUGUAAAAAAAGGAAAUCUUUUACAAAAUCUAUUCACACAAAAAGAGUUUUGGAUGAUGGUGAUGAACAAAUAUAUAAACAAAGGGUAGAAAAAAAUGGUUAUCCAAAGGAUGAAUCAUUACAUAAAAUAGAUAAUUUGUUUAAGAUUCCGCAAUUUAUAUGGAAAAAAUUAUAUAAAUAUCAGAAAAUUUCUGUACAAUGGUUAUGGGAAUUGCAUCUUCGUAAUUUAGGAGGAUUAUUAGGUGAUGAAAUGGGUUUGGGAAAGACUGUUCAAGUAAUUGCAUUUCUUGCAGGAUUAGAUUGUAGUGAAUUAUUAUCUGAUGGUGGAAGAUUCAGAGGAUUAGGACCAACUAUCGUUAUUUGUCCAGCUACAUUAAUGGAACAAUGGGUAAAACAUUUUCAUGAAUGGUGGCCCAUUCUUAGAAUAGUUGUUUUACAUCAAUCUGGAACUUAUAAUGGUAAUUUGGAAUAUUUGAUACAUUCAUUAAAAUCUGGUGGUAUAAUAAUUACUUCUUAUUCUGGUAUGCUUAAACAUAAAGACUUACUUGUAUCCAAUCAAUGGCAUUAUGUUAUACUUGAUGAAGGUCAUAAAAUAAGAAAUCCACAAGCAAAGGUCAGUAAAGCAGUAAAGGAGUUUUCUACACCACAUCGACUUUUAUUAACUGGUAGUCCUAUGCAAAAUUCUUUAAAAGAACUGUGGUCUCUUUUUGAUUUUAUUCUACCAGGAAAGUUAGGAACUUUACCUGCAUUUCUAGAGCAUUGUGCAGGUCCUAUAACGCGAGGAGGAUAUGCUAAUGCUACACCUCUUCAGGAAGCUACAGCACUUCAAGUUGCUAUGAUGCUUAGAGAUGCUAUUACACCAUAUAUGCUCCGAAGAACAAAAAAUGAUGUACAACAUCAUGUUAGUUUACCAGAAAAAAAUGAACAGAUUCUGUUUUGUAGUUUAACGGAAGAACAAAAGAAGCUAUAUAAAAAAUAUUUACGUUCUACAGAUAUUAAUUUCAUUUUACAUGAAAAAAAUAAUAUAGAAAAUGGAAAAUAUAGAGCUCGUCUUUUAAUAGCAUUAUCAGCGCUCAGAAAAAUAUGUAACCAUCCUGAUUUAUAUGUUUACACCAGUCCAAUUGAUUCUGAUGAAGACAUUGAUAUAUCAGAUAAAACAUUGGAGAAAUUUGGAUACUGGAAACAUUCUGGCAAAAUGAUAGUAGUUCGAUCUCUUCUUAAAAUUUGGAAGAAACAAGGACAUAGAGUACUUCUUUUUACUCAAGGAAGACAAAUGAUGCAUGUUUUAGAAUCUUUGGUACAAAGUGAACAAUACACUUAUUUAAGAAUGGAUGGAACUACUCCUAUGUCACAUCGACAAGAAACAAUUCGUUCGUUUAAUAGAGAUUCAUCAUAUUUUAUUUUCCUAUUAACUACACGUGUUGGAGGUUUAGGAGUAAAUUUAACAGGAGCAAAUCGGGUAGUUAUUUAUGAUCCAGACUGGAAUCCAGCAACUGAUGCUCAAGCAAGAGAACGUGCAUGGAGAAUUGGACAAAAUAAAAAUGUCACUAUCUAUAGACUUAUUACUGCUGGUACUAUUGAAGAAAAGAUUUAUCACAGACAAAUAUUUAAAAUACUUCUUUCAAAUAAAGUCUUAGAAGAUCCACGACAACGUAGAUUAUUUAAAACUAAUGAUUUAGUUGAACUUUUUAAUUUCAAUGAAUCUAUAGAUGGUCAUUCUAGUGAGUCUGAUAAAUUAUUUCAAGAAUCUAGAUUAAUUCCUUCGAUUAAUAAAUUUUCAUCUAAUAAAAUUGAAAAAAUGCAAAAAAUGGCAACCAAACUUAGCAAAAAUAUAAGUCAAAAUGUCUCAAAGUAUACAUCUGCAAUACAAAUAACAGCUGCUUCAGACAAUAAUUGUUCUUCAAGUUGCUAUAAUAAUAAUGUUGAUCAAGAUAUUAAAAUAUGUAAAAAUAAUUUAACAAAACAAAUCAUCAAAAAUGAAAAUAUACUCUUUUCUGAAAAUCAAAAAAAUGAUAAUAACAAAACUAUGGAGAAUAAAAUUAUAAAAAAUACUGAACACAAUACGGAUAAUAUGAUUGAUAAACUAGAAAAUGAAAAUUAUGUUUUAACAAACAAGUCAAAUUCUAAUAUUAAAAAAAAUGAAACUAUUGUACAAAGUGAUUCCAAUAUAAUCAAAGUUUCAUAUAAAAAUAAUCAAAUGAUUUUAGAUAAUGAAAAUAAGAAUGCAUCUUUAAAAUUAAAUAAGACGCAUUAUAAAAAAAAAAAUAAGAAAAGUUCAAUAUCAGAAAAUCAUACUGCUUCAGCUUUAUUUGAAGGAGAACGUAUCUCACAUUUAAUUGGACGACGUCUUGGAUGUUCGCUAACAAAAGAAUCUAAAUCUUCAUCAAUUGAAGAUGAUCAAUAUGUUUUAGAAAAAUUAUUUGCUAAAGCGAAUGUAAUGUCUGCUUUUCAACAUGAAACAGUAUUAUUAAAUUCAAAGUAUAAUUCAGAUGAUAAAAAUCCGAUGCAACGAUUAGCGCGUGAAACAGCGCAAGAAAAUAUGGAUAAUAUUCGUAAAUCUCGGAAAUGGUGUUGGAAACCCACAUGGAAUUCUACAUUAUUAAAAAAUGUAGUAGAUGUAGUAUAUUUAUUAAAUGUAGUAGGUGUAGUAAAUUUAGUGUACUUAGUAAGUGUAGUAGAUAUAGUAGUAGAUGUAGGAUAUUUAGUAAAUGUAGCAGAUGUACUAGAUAUAGUAGAUGUAGUAGAUAAAAUGGAGUUAGGGGAGGGAGAAGCUCAAAUUUGUCGACUUUGCGGUCAAUGUGAGAGUAUAUACAUUGAUGUGUUUGGUGAAGAAGGCACAAAACGAUUUUUAGGCUUAAAAAUUCAUACAAGAAUCAACAUUCUGAUAGAUGAAAGGGAUCCUCUGCCCAAGGCGAUCUGUGUUCAAUGUCUGGGCAAACUCGAAUUUGUUUGCGACUUCCAAGAGGAGUGUCUUCGCACCCAACAAGUGUUACGCGAUCGAUACAUUCUACCAUCCUUAACAGAGAUUGCUGAAGUAAAGACUGAAGUUACACCAAGUACAUCAACAUACAACAACAACAAUGACACCAAUAUAAAUCUUAAUUCUUCAAAUGAUGAGGACAUUCAAAAAGUAGAUCAGCAUGUUCUAAGAACAACUACAAAAAUUCAAAAAAAUACGAAGAAUCAACAAGUAAAAGGCAAUGAAGAAACUUCCAAAGAUCAAACUAAUAUUCAAAAUACGAGUGAAAAAAAUACUGAGAAUGUCCAAAUUCAGAAAUGUGAGACAACUCCUACACGAUGGCUUAGAAGUAGACAAAGUAUAGAAACUGUUACAAAUGAAACAGCUACUGAUACACCAAUUGCAAAUAGACUUAGAAGUCAUGAUAAUACUACCACAGAAUUAACUGUUAGUCCACGUAGUUGUUCUAAGGAAAAUAGUGAAAAAUUGACUGGAAAACAGCAAGAUCCACAUACUAUUCAAAUUCCAACAUCAGCAUUAAAUAAACUUCUCAGUAUUGUGUCAAAUUCUCCAAAUAUUGAAGUUUCUGUGAAAGAAUCUAGAAAUCAAAGCAGCGAUAUUGAAGAUAUUAGUUUUACUGUAGAAUUAUGUAAAAAGGAAAGUGAUGAUAUAGCUACUGCUCGAGCACGAGUAUUUCCAGAUCAAGGUUCCUGUUUGGUUGAUAAGGCUAUAGUUGGUCUUUUACAAAAUCAAAGUUGUGUAGAAGUUAAUAGUAUAAUAAACACAAUUAUCGACAGUAGUCUGAAAAACGGUAAUUCGACAAAAUUAGAAGAUUCCGCUGAAUUUGAGCAAAAAUGGCAAGCUUCUCAAAACCCGAAGGAACUUUUCAAGAUUGAUGGGGAAGAAAUUCGUGUCGAUGAUAACGUUGAACACGUCGUUACAAAUAAUCAAAAUGGUUAUUCUUGUAAAUUGUGUCGUAAAUUUUAUGAACGCAAAGACAAAUGUAUGGUUCACGUGAAAACACAUCUUGGUAUUAAACAAUACACAUGUAUUCUAUGCAACGCUAAAUUUGUAUGUAAGUCUGAUGUCAUGAAACAUAUUCGAUGCACACAUACUAAUCCGAGACCAAUACAAUGUCCAAAAUGUCCAAAGAGAUUCAAGUCAAAGUUCUAUUUAAUGGAACACGAUAAUGUACAUAAAGGUGUGAGACCUUAUUCUUGUACAGAUUGCGGUCAAAGUUACCAUCAUAAAGUAUCGUUACAACUUCAUAUGAAAUCACAUUUACCUCCACAGAACUUAGCAUGCGAAUAUUGUGGCAAAGUAUUUCCGUAUCGUACGAGAUUAUUAAGUCACAUAGCUAGUGUACAUUUAAAAAAUCGUCGCAAUUUUAGAUGUCGAUUUUGUUACAAUCUUUAUUCAAGUCUUUCAGUUUUGAAUGAACAUAUUAAAACGCGUCAUGCAACUACAUAUACUUGUGAAGUUUGCAAUAAAACGUUCAAAGUCGCGUCCAAAUAUAAGGCUCACGUAUUACAGCAUUCAAAUCCUAAGCCAUUCGUAUGCAAUGUUUGUAAUAAUAGAUAUGCAUCCAAAGCAUUCCUAAAUGAACAUCUAUCAAAACACGAAGGGCUGAGGAAACAUAUCUGCCAAAAGUGUGGUGCAAGAUUCGCUCAAGCUAGUCAUCUGGCUGCACAUCGGCACGUGCACGGUGAAAAAGAGCACGCUUGUCCGGAGUGUGGGCGAAAGUUUAAUAGGCGUGAUAACAUGAAGGUAAAAGAGAAUGAUGGAUUGCCACAAGUUGUUUGUAUACGAUGUUUGGGCACACUGGAAUUUCUAUGCGAUUUUUACGAGCGUUGUCAUCUUACGCAAAAGGAAUUUUUAAAAACUAGCCAAAAUCAAAAUAUAAUAAAUGAGAAAUUACUGCAAGAUUCUAUUAAUGAAACAGAAUCAGAUAAAGAAAACGAUGUUCCAUUUGUAAAUGAAAUUAAAUGGAAAGCAAAAGUUUUAUCACCCGAUAAUUUAAAAAAAUCAAAAAAUUAUCUGUCUGAAAAUAAUACAUUAUACAGAACUGAAAAUAAAGAGGAAAAUGAUGAUCACAUAGAUAAUAAUAUUUCUAUUGAUAAUGUUCAUUUGAUUACACAAACACAAUUAACCAAUAUAAUUUCUAAAAAUCAAUCUAUAAUAAAAAAUGUAAUUUCACAUGAAAAUAUAUCAAAAAAUGAUCAACAUAAUGUUAAUAAUUUAAAAGAGAAUAUGUAUAAUUUAAAAGAAAAUAUUUUGGAAAAAAAUAUAAAUUACAUAACAAAAUCAACAAAUGACUUAAAUACAUCUCAAAUAAAUGAAACAAAUGUUAAUAUAAAUUUAAAUCAACCUAUACAACGUAAAAGAGGACGAAAAAGUAAAUUAGAAAAAAUGAAAGAAGUAAGUUUAACAACAAACUACAAAAAAAAGAUUCAAAAUCAUUUAAGUGAUAAAAAAAGAGAUAAUAUUAAUAAUGAAUACAAAAGAUAUUGUUUGCGUGCUAUUUGUACAACUACUAAGUCUAAUAGUAUAAAUAAUAAUGCUACAAUCACAUCUAAACCACAAGUUAAACAAACAGAAGCUGAACAGAUGUCAGUAAAUACAUCAAUGAAUGCAAAUUACACCAAAGGUAAUAAAACUGAUACAAUGAUUAAUAAACUAACUAUAAUUGAAUCUGAUGAUAAAAAUUCAAUAAGAUCUAAUAAUUUGAAAGAUACAGAAAAGAAUUCUGAAAAAAAUAAAGCGAUAUCGAUUAAUGUAAAACAAGAGAAAGGGGAAGCAGAAACUUCUAGACAAUUGAAUCAACUAGUUCUUAAUCAAAUACAAAAUCAAAAGUCAAAAGUAGAUCAAGAAAAAACAGAUUUAACAUGUGUAUUAAUGGAAAAAAUUGAAAAUAUUAAAAAUAUUGAAACGAAUUUGAUAUCAGAACAAAGUAUUAUUAAAUAUCCUGAUAUAAGAAUUUCUUCCGAUAAUAAUAAUCAACAAUCAAAAAUAUUCACAGAAAAAAAUCGAGUAACUAUUAUAAAGUCUUCACAAUUUAAAGAUGUGACAAAUUUAAAAAUAAUGCAAGAUUCUACAAAAUUAAAUAAUACAAUUAAUGUAACAGAUCAAAAUACUAAAACUGAGUUAGAAUGUAAUCUUAAUGAAUGUUCAUUGCCUCAACAAUUAAGUCAAAAUAGUUUUAAUAAAAAUCAGAGUAAAAAUAGAUCAUUUGGCAAAAUUUCCGAAUUGAUAAGUGAUGAACAAAAACGAACUAUUGAAAGUUAUUAUACAGUCGACAUGUCGAUUGUAAACUCAGAAGAAGUACAAAAAAAUAUAACAAUAAUUAAUAAAAAAAACAUACGUUGCAAUAUUUGUGGUACUUUUUACCUUAGAAUGGAUAAAUGUCAGGUUCAUAUUUGGGGACAUUUACAAAUGAAGCCCUAUCAAUGUAAAGCUUGUGAUUUUGCCACAGUUACUGUUAGUAAUGUUCGUUGCCAUAUCAGAAAAAGUCAUUUAAAGAUUAAACCAUUUGCGUGCCAUCUUUGUGAAAAGCGAUAUGUAACUGCUAUUUUAUUAGAAGAACAUAUUAAUACUCAUACAGGAGCCCGUCCAUAUAAAUGCAAGCUUUGUGAUUUUGCAAGUUCCAGUAGACAAAUAUUAAGUUAUCAUAAUGCUACUCAUAAGCCAUUAAAGGACAUUAGUUGUAAAAUUUGCGGUAAAGAGUUUUAUUCAAGAAGUAGAUUACGUGCACAUAUGAUUGUACACAAUAAGGACAAAGCUGUUAUGUGUAAAUUGUGUUCUGCUUAUUUAUCUAAUGCAGAAGCAUUAAAAACACAUUACAAGAACAUUCAUAUGCAAGAUUAUGUUUGUAAUAUCUGUGGUAAACACGUCAAGUCUAGAAAAGCUUUGCAUAAUCAUCAGAAUGUUCAUGCUGCUGCAAGAUUUAAAUGUACUCUUUGCCCAAAUGUAUAUAAGACUAGCCAAAUAUUAAAAGAACAUCUUUUAAAGCACGAAGGUAUUAGAAAAUAUAAAUGUAAUAUUUGUGAAAAAUCAUUUGGUCAACAAUCUCAUUUAGCUGCUCAUAUGGCAGUGCACAGUAAUAUUAGAUUCCAUUGUCCUGGAUGUGAUAAGCCUUUUAAUCGGCAAGACAAUAUGAAAAUACAUACUAAACGAUGCAAACCAUUUUUGGCAAAUCCAAAUCUAAAAAAUCUUUUAAGUAAAAGAGAAAGAACUAUAUCGUUUAAUAAUAUAGCAGAAUUAACUGCAGAAUUGAAGAAUGGAAAUGUGACAAAUUCAAUAUCUCAAGUUCCUCUCAAAAAUGAGAAUGAUAAGAUAUUAGUAAAGACUGUAGAAGAAAAACAAAAGACUGUAAUAAAUCUCUGCAAAUUAGGAUUAAAUAUCUCUUGCAUUAAACCAACAAAUAAUAAAAUGAGUCCAGAUCAUAUUACAAAUUCUUUUGAAAAAAAUGUAAUUAAGAUCACAGAUAACAAUGAUAAAUUAAUUUCAGAAAAUGAAAAGUUGUUAGUUUUU